UAUCUCGUUGAUCGAGGGCUGAAUCGUACGCCAUCUGUAAACGAGCGGGAAAGAAAAGUGUUUGAAGGCCGCCGGCCUGCCGGCCGGGCCGAGUAACUCGGGUCUCGGGCGAAUCAGUGUGCGAGUCUCUGCCAUUUGCGCGUCGGUACGCGACUACGCGGCAGUGGUGAUACCAGAAUUCUACGUCUGCUUACCGGUGCGUAGAAAACCCGAACCUUAAUUUAGUGCGUUUAGUACCCGAAACACUUGAUCGACCCUCCCGAUUAAAUCGAUCACCAUGGCGGAUACGGAAACCAAGGAAGCUAAAAUUGUCUCCACCCCGGAGAAGAAAGUUGUAGAAGAAGAAAAGAAGCCUGCUCAAGAAGUUGACGAAGAUUCAAAGGCAUCCGAGAAUGGUGAUGCACAAGAAACCAAAGAAAAUGGCUCGGCCGAAGAGAAAGAGUCUAACGAUAAAGAAGCAGAAUCAACAGAAAAUGGAGAUUCGACAGAUGCUCCUGUUGAUAAUUGCUGUAUAAAGAGGAAGUCAACAGCUUUAAGUGAUACAACAGAAGAUUCUGCUACCGACGGUGCAAGUCCUGAGAAGAAAACAAGACUUGAAGAAAAGUGUGCUGAAGCAGAAAGCAAUGGAGAAGCAGAAGCUACAGCCUAAUAUUUUUUUAUGUUUACUGCAGACUUAAUCUAUAGAUGUAAUCUUAACAGCCAACUGAGAAAUCAGAACAGUCAAAAUUAGUUGUCCGUGCGUCGUCUAAAUCGACGAGCAUGAAGAACAAGAACAGUAAUAAUCUAUCAAUGACUAAUGUGUUCAGACAUUUGUGUGCUUGUUUCAAUCAUUUUUAUGAGUUUAAUUGGCAAAUUAAUCCACAGCAUCAUCAUACAUUUCUAUUAUAAAUUACUUCUAUUCAUGUUUCCUAUAUUUUCCACACUGGCGCCCACACAUAUAUAUGUUUACUAGUACUAGAUUUGUAAAGGAAGGGAGAUAUAAAUAAUAUUAGAAAUAAUAUAUUUCUGUUUCAUGAAGAUUGAUGAUGGUAUGGUGCUUAAGAAUGAUAUGGAAAUAGUUCCAUAGAGAGCUCUCAUUCUUUUUAAUGCACAGACAUGCGUAUACAUAGACCUUUCAUAUCAGAGAUGAAAGAAACAAUAUUUUUCUGCAAAUUAAAAUACAUUCCUAAAGUAAACAACGCUCGUCCAAGAAUUCUAACGUUUACUGACGAAAAUUAGAAAAUUAAUUUUAUCUGUAAACCCUGACGUCGACAUACCCAUCUCACACUACUUACAUAACUUAUGUACAAUGUAACUUUCAAUGCAUUAAUAGAAUAGACGAAUUACUACAUAUUUUGAUGCAUUAAAAUUACUAUAAUACAUGAUUUAAAUGGUUUACAAUUAAACUUCAAAAUAACACUAUAAAAAAAGAAUCUGUUCUUUAAUCAUUGAAUGUAAAUCAUAAUUUUCAAAAAUUCUUUUAUUACAAUUUAUUACAUUCGCUAUUAUAGCGAAAUUUGAAGUUAACUUUUAUCGAAAUACAUGACAAUAUGUAAUAAUUUGUAUUAGCGUGUAUAGAAAUGUUGGUGAGCGAAAACGUGUUGAAUGUUAAAUUUUGAAGUAACAGCAAUAAAAGAAAAUACUGCAUUGAUAA